AUUAUUUCCUUUUCCCAGUAUCCUGCCUCAUUCCCGCCCUCCAUCAUAAAGAUUCUCCCCAAAUCCAGAACCACUUGGCUUAAGCUCUCCAGGGAGCCUUUUGGGUGGAGGUUCUUGACUGAUGCUGUGAGAACAUCAGAGUUCAACUUCUUCACUAUUCCAACAUGGACUUUGCCCAGUGAUUCUCCAGGGAGUUUCUAGGUCUUUGGUCCCAGACUGGGUUUCCAUCAUUGAUCCCUCUAGUUCUGAGAUUUCAGCAUCUUGGACUGUACAACUACUGGUUCCUCCAGCUCUCCAACCUUCAGACAGCCAUUGGGGACUAUCCAGUUUGUGAUUUUCACCAUGCCCUCCAUAUUUGAGCAUGUGACCAAGAAGAUGGUCAAAAAGCUUGGAGGCAAAGACUUGAGGCCCGUCAAAUCCCUGUUGGAUGCCACCCAUUUCCGUCAGUUCAGUAUAUUACGGAAGAAAUCUCGGUUCUGGAUUUGGGAACAACCUGACCUUCCAGUUGAAUACUCCCUCAUGGACAUCCCGGCUUCAGUUCCUGCUGUCCCAGAAGCUGUAGUGACAGGACCAUUCUUCUUCAGUGAUACUGUGAUCCAGAAACAGAAGGGAGAUGUGGGUGUCAAUGCUGGUGUAGAUGUGAGCAUGUCAGGGGAGGUUACUCAGAUGCACAAAUCCACCCUCGAGAUGCAGAAGGUUACCAUCCCAUCCCCAAACCUGGAAGGCCUUCAAAACAGCAAACUGUUGGAUCCAGAACCAUCCUUUCUGAAGUAUUGCCGGGAGACAGGGGACAACCUAUAUGUGGUGACAGAGGUUGUUGAGCUGACCAACACUAUCGAGCUCCUUGACAACAGUAGUGUGAAUGCUUCAGGAAAAUUCUCUGGCUCUUGGAAUACUUUAAUUAAGGGUGAAGCUGGGGCACAAAGUCUCAAGGCGAGAGAGACGACACUGACCAUCCCCCAGGGCACAGUGAUGGCCUAUAAGAGGAAGCAGCUGGUGAUCAAGGACAAUGGCGUCACCAUUCUUCUCAUCUCUACUGAUGCUAAGCAGAAAACCUUUCAAGAUGCUCUACUUCAGCCACAGGGGUUCUCAAGUGAGAGAACGAUUUUUAAAUCACGUCUGCGUGUAAUUCCCAUCCUUCCUGAAGGAAGAACAGAGGAACGCUUUUGGCGAGAUUUCAAGAAUCUACAACAGGAGGUUUUCUGGAAAACUAAGGAAUUGGCCCGGCUCCCUAAGGACGUGCGGGGUGUCGUGUUCUGCAACAUCCUGCCCAUGCUCAGGGACAGAGGAGCUCUGCAGGACCUGAUGGACAUGCUGGAAUUGGAGAGCUUGGGCCAUUUGGAUGGCCCUGGCAGUGUAAUCCUAAAUAAGCUGCUACAGGACCCGAGACUUCAGUGGGACAAGCCACAGGGUGGCAUUCUUUGCCUCCUUCAAGCCAUGAUGGUGCUGAGUGAUACCCAGCUCCAUCUACUGGCCCAGUCCAUGGAGAAGGGGAUUCUGCUCCAGCAACGAGAGUUGGUAAGGAGCAUCCUGGAGCCGAACUUCAGGUACCCUUGGAGCAUCCCCUUCACCCUCCCGCCAGAGCACCUUGCCCCACUGCAGGCGGAGGGCGUGGCUAUCACCUACGGUCUGCUGGAGGAGUGUGGCCUGAAGAUGGAGCCCGAUAGCCCCAGGUCAACCUGGGAUCUGGAGGCCAAGAUGCCCCUGUCCGCCCUCUAUGGGACUCUGUCACUGCUGCAGCAGCUGGCAGAGCCCUAAGCCCUCCCUGUGGCUGUCCUCAGUGGGCUUGGGAGACGUGCUGUGCCUCUUUGCUUUUCCAGGCAGGGUAGAGACAGGGAUCUGCAGAGACUCAAGGGAAUGUCCUAGGGUGAAGGGAAUUUGCUGUUCCUUGGCGUGGGCUUAUGUGACUGUCACAACCCUCAGUAAAGCAAAGCUCUGAGGUGAGAUGUUUGGGAACUGAUUGGAUGAGGCAGGCUCUGGCCUCCUCAGUUGAUUCACUGAGUGGACCACGGGGAGAUGGCUGAAAUGUAGGCAGGUGGGACAUGGUUGGAGGAAGUAGGUCACUGCGAGUCUGCCCUUGGGGACCGUGUCUUGUCCUCUCUCCCUGCUCCCUGAGUGCCAUAAGCCGAGCACCUUUCCUCUACCAUACCCUGUGCCAUGAUAUUGUGCUUCACCUCAGGCCUAGAGCAAUGGAAUCAGCUGACUGUGCAUAGAUACCACUGAACCUGUGCGUCAAAAUAAAUCUUUUCUCCUCAG